AUGGCGCUGGGGCUGCUUAUCGCCGUGCCGUUGCUGCUGCAGGCGGCGCCCCCCGGCGCGGCGCACUACGAGAUGAUGGGCACCUGCCGCAUGAUCUGCGACCCCUACACCGCCGCCCCGGGCGGGGGGCCGGCGGGAGCCAAGGCUCCGCCGCCGGGACCCAGCACGGCCGCGCUGGAAGUCAUGCAGGACUUGAGCGUCAACCCUCCGCCCCCUUUCAUCCAGGGACCCAAGGGCGACCCGGGGCGACCUGGCAAGCCGGGACCGCGGGGACCCCCGGGAGAGCCGGGCCCACCUGGACCCCGGGGUCCCCCGGGGGAGAAGGGCGACUCGGGGCGGCCCGGGCUGCCUGGCCUGCAGCUGACGGCGGGCGCGGCCGGAGGUGUCGGGGUGGUGGGUGGCGGAACCGGGGGCGGCGGUGACUCUGAGGGCGAAGUGACUGGCGCGCUGAGCGCCGCCUUCAGCGGUCCCAAGAUCGCCUUCUAUGUGGGUCUUAAGAGCCCCCACGAAGGCUACGAGGUGCUCAAAUUCGACGACGUGGUCACCAAUCUCGGCAAUCACUACGACCCUGCUACGGGCAAGUUCAGCUGCCAGGUGCGUGGCAUCUACUUCUUCACCUACCACAUCCUCAUGCGCGGCGGCGACGGCACCAGCAUGUGGGCGGACCUCUGCAAGAACGGGCAGGUCCGGGCCAGCGCCAUCGCGCAGGAUGCCGACCAGAACUACGACUACGCCAGUAACAGCGUGGUGCUACACCUUGAUUCGGGGGACGAGGUGUAUGUGAAGCUGGACGGCGGAAAGGCGCACGGAGGCAAUAACAACAAGUACAGCACCUUCUCCGGCUUUCUUUUGUACCCGGAUUAG